AUGGAGAACAUGAGCUCUGUGAGCGAUCUGUUGCAGCUGGAGGGUCUCCCUGUCCCCGCCUCCUUCCUGACGCCAGCGUUCCUCGCGCUCUUCUUCAGUCACCUCUUCAUCGUCACGGCGAACGUGGGCGUGAUUGCUCUGAUCUGCUCUGACUCCGCCCUCCACCAGCCCAUGUAUAUCCUGUUGUGUCAGCUGUCAUUCAAUGACAUCAUGGGCAACAUCGCACUGGUGCCCCGCCUCCUUUAUGACCUGCCCCGCCCCCCUCGCAGGCGGCUCAUCUCAUUGGGUGGCUGUGUGGUACAGGCGUUCAUCACACACCUGUUCAGCACCAAUAACCACACCAUCCUGAUGAUCAUGGCGUUCGACCGCUACGCGGCCAUCUGCACGCCACUGCAGUACUCGGCCGUGAUGAGCGGGCGCACACUGAUGGCGUUGACGGUGGCAGCGUGGGGGGUCGGGGCCGUGCUGGUGACGGGUUUACUUGGUCUGACGCUGAGGUUAAGCCGUUGUCGCUCACUGUUGUUAAAUGCAUACUGCGAUAACGCGUCGCUCUUCAAACUCUCCUGUGAAAGCACGUUUAUAAAUAAUGUGUACGGCCUGACGUUCACUGUGGUGCUGCUCACCUCGUCCAUCGGCUCCAUCGUGGUGACGUACUCGUACAUUGCGGUGGCGUGCGCCACCAAACGCAGCAGCAGCCUGAACCGUAAGGCGCUGCAGACGUGCUCCACACACCUGCUGCUGUAUCUGGUCAUGUUCACGAGCGGGAUACUCAUCAUCGCGCUGCACCGGUAUCCCAGCUACGAACCCUACCGCAAAAUAUCCACCAUUUUGUUCAACAUCAUACCGCCGGCGCUCAACCCCGUCAUCUACGGCUUCCAAUGCCACGAGAUCCACCAGAGCCUGCGCCGUCUGUUGUGCCGCUGCAGGGGGCAGCACUGA